UGCCAAGCGCAGAAAGCGCCUCCCAAGCAGCGUGCACCGCUCACUGACACAGGUUUUUCUGCUGUCUCCUCCAGCUGCAGGCUCUUUUAGCUGCACCAUGAAGUUUACAGUACGGGACUGUGACCCUAAUACUGGAGUUCCAGAUGAGGAUGGGUAUGAUGAUGAGUAUGUGCUAGAAGAUCUUGAAGUGACUGUGUCUGACCACAUUCAGAAGGUACUGAAGCCUAGCUUUGCUGCUGCCUGGGAAGAAGUUGGAGAUACCUUUGAGAAAGAAGAGACCUUUGCCCUCAGUUCUACCAAAACCCUUGAAGAAGCUGUCAACAACAUUAUCACUUAUCUGGGCAUGCAACCAUGUGAAAGAUCUGAUAAAGUACCUGAAAACAAGAAUUCCCACUCACUCUAUCUGGCAGGUAUAUACCGAGGUGGCCAUGAUUUAUUGGUGAGGUCCAGGCUGGCCUUAGCAGAUGGAGUGACUAUGCAGGUGACCGUCAGAAGCAAAGAAAAAACACCUGUAGAUGUUAUCUUGGCUUCUGUUGGAUAAUAUAUUACUGGGCCGGAUGAAGCUGAAAUACACUUCAGUCAGUGAGCUUUCAGAUUAGUGGCAUGAAUUUCCCAGAAUCACAUUUUGACUUUGAAGCAUUAAACAUUUUGGCCCUUAGCCAGCAGAUCAAGCAAAUAUCUGUCCUUGCACAUGGGUUGGGUUUUUUUGUUUGUUUUUUUCCUUUCUGUUACACUUGGCCAGCUUUGGUAUGAUAGUGCAGCUUUGGAUGACCUUAAAAAUCAAAUACUAUCCUAUACUCUAACUGCUUAACUUCAUUACGGUUUUUCUUUAAUUUAAUGUAUAUCUGGAAGCUCCUGACAAUGUUGGAAAAUUUUAUCCCAGAGGAGUGGUGGGGGAGGGGAAGCCAGAGUCCACUUUUGUCACAGUUCUUUUUAUUAAUAGAAAAUAAAACACUUAUUCCAGUUUCAAAGUUGUUAUACUUGAAGAUGCUAAUAAAAAAACGAAUUUAAAAUAA